AUGAUAUUUGAGUCAUGUUUUCAUCUCUGGAAGGGAGAGGGGGAGUUAAAGGAGCCCACCCAGUCGCCGAGCCCCCCCACGAAGCCUGAGGAUCAAGUAGAGCAGAGGGUGGAGGGGGCGGGGGCUCCAGCCUGUGGGUCCCGGAGGAAGUGGAUGCUAGGUCUAAUGCCAUUCUUUCCCUUCACCGCUGCCAUUGCACUGACCCUAAACUAUUUAACAUCUCCGCCCUCCUCAGUGUUCUUCCUUGGAGGCAGCAUGGAGUUCCCAAACCUGAGCUUCUCCUCAGAGCUGACUGACUCCACCUCUCCACAGUUCCGCCUGCAGGCUAAGGCUUUGAACCAUUAUUUCUCAGAACUCUAUGAGUCCUCUCCAUGGAGUUCCUACUACCUGCGCUCAGGAAUUACUGCCUUCAGUGAAGGAGCAGAAGGGCUCAAUGUGUUCUACUGGAGUAAAUUCUCUGCCCCAGAUGACGUUGCCAAAGCGAUCCAGAGGUCCAGCCCAGAGAAGCUGCAGCGCAGGCUUCCCGGCAACAACAAGGUGCAGCAUGACAGCUGCAACGAGCAGCACUACUACAUGGAGCAAGAUGAUGACAUGCUCCAUCUACUGGGUUUGGAUCCUGACAACUUUGAAUCAGAAGAAAAAUCAGACAAGAUUAAGAAUCCAAAUAGCAUCCAGAGUGGGAAGUGGCAGCUUGGCUUCCAAGCAAUGUCCUUUGACCUCUACGCCAAAUAUGGCAACAAUCGCACCCUGAGCCUCGUGAGUCCCAAGAAACCGUACUACCAGUGGCGUUUACGUGUGCCAUCAGGUCACGUAGUCCGACUGGUCAUCCUCACUCUGCAUGGUGCCACACCAGGAAGCUGCACUGCCCACAAGCUCUCAGCCUACGACUUCCUGCUUCCUUUACAGAACAAGGUCAUUGCCAGGUGGUGUGGGCUACCUGUCUCAGGUUUGUCUCCGGUCAUGAAGCUCACCUCUUCUGGGAAUGUCAUGUUGGUCACCUUCUCCUUCAGCAGACAGAGGGAUGGAGCAAUCUUCAAAGCAUACUUUCAGGCCAUCCCAAAAGCAGGUUGUGGAGGGUCAAUUUCCUCUUGGAAUGGCUCCAUUUCCUCAACAUACUACCCUUCUUAUUACCCUCCUAAUAUAGAUUGCACCUGGAGACUACGGGCGCCGUUGCCAGGAUACCUGAUCUCCAUGACGAUCGUGACGAUGGACAUUCAGGAUUCCCCUUCAUCAGACGGCUGUGAAAAAGACUGGCUGGAUAUUGGCGGGGUCAAACUGUGUAACCCGGUAUCAGACAGCAGCAAAAAGCAAGUCUACUCCUCUCCUCUCUCCCUCCACUUCCACUCCGAUGAUUCUCUCACUCACAAGGGCUUCUACUUGUUCUACCAAGUGUUCUCUCCAGAGGGGGCUUGUCCUCGUCAGUUUCGCUGUGGAGAUCAGCGCUGUAUCCCUCUGGGGAAGGUGUGUGAUGGAGUGAAAGAUUGCUCAGAUGGAAGAGACGAGGCUAAAUGCUCAUCCUGCAGGCCAGGGGAAGUGUUGUGUGGUAACGGCCAGUGUAAGUCUCAAAGCAGCCAGUGUGUCAGUCAGAGCACCUGUGCAGACAGCAGUGAGGAGGGCACCUGUGGAGGUAAAUGUUACCACGUGUGUCCCAACAAGGUGUGUUUGCCAAGGUCUUCAGUGUGUGAUGGUGUUACUGACUGCAAAGACCACAGUGAUGAACUCAACUGUACCAGAGCAUAUUUUAAAGGCUGCUCCUCGUCCUCCUACAAAUGUGGCAAUGGAAAGUGUGUUAGUAAGGUCAACCCUGAGUGUGAUGGAGUAAAAGACUGUUUUGACGGCUCUGAUGAACUGCGCUGUGGCUGUGGCACCAGGCCCAGGAAGCGUACUAAGAUAGUGGGAGGCUCUGAUGCUGGAGCGGGGUCAUGGCCAUGGCAGGUCAGCCUCCAGAUGGAUCACUACGGCCACGUCUGUGGAGCCACUCUGGUCUCAAACCGCUGGCUCAUCUCUGCAGCUCACUGCUUCCAGGACUCAGAUGCCAUUAAAUACUCAGAUGUUCGUGCAUGGCGGGCCUACAUGGGAAUGCGUGUGAUGACUAUGGGGCGCAACGGAGCAGCCACCAGACCUAUCCGGCGGAUCCUCCUCCACCCACAGUACGACCAGUUCACCUCUGACUACGACAUCGCCCUUCUCGAGCUCAGUGCUCCUGUCUUCUUCAACGACUUGGUCCAACCCGUGUGUAUCCCCGCCUCCUCACACAUGUUCACCACAGGGACCAGCUGCUAUGUCACAGGCUGGGGAGUCCUCAUGGAGGACGGUGAGCUGGCCUCUCGCUUACAAGAGGCCUCAGUGAAGAUCAUCAACAGGAACAUCUGUAACAAGCUGUAUGACGACGCUGUCACUCCCAGGAUGCUCUGUGCUGGGAACUUGCAGGGAGGGGUUGACGCCUGUCAGGGUGACUCAGGAGGUCCGUUGGUGUGUCUAGAACGUGGCAGGCGGUGGUUCCUGGCCGGGAUCGUGAGCUGGGGUGAAGGCUGUGCGAGGCAGAACCGUCCGGGCGUCUACACACAGGUUGUCAAGUUCACUGACUGGAUCCGUCAGCAGACUAAAUGACAGGUGUGACUGAACACCAGACUGACAUGAGCAAAACGACAGACUUAACACGCAGGACAAAGGUUUCAGAUGUGGAGCCUAUCUUCAGACAGUUGUCAUGAUUGCACGACAACACAUUCAGUCGGUUUUUGGGAGCAUGUUUGUGGCAAUGCGCCAGCGGGGGCGUCAUCCCUGCCAAACCAACCAACUUCCGUACAAUCUUGGCUAGCUCAGACCUGAUCUCAAAACACUGACAGUGGCUAUGUUGACCUACACAAAAAUUUCAGCACUUAACCAGAUUUUUAUAUUAACUUGGUUCCGGGUCACUGCACAUAAAUGUUAGAAAAUACAAGA